AUGAGAAAUUCAACAUGUCUUCUUCAGCCAUCGUUAGCUACUACUGUAGCCCUACCAGUCAUCUACUCUUUCCUAUUUCCUGCUGGAAGUUUUGGAAAUAUUCUUGCUGCCUGGAUAUUUUCAAGGCAAGCACCCACAAAAAGAACACAAUACAUCUACGUGGUAAACCUUGUCACUGCAAAUUUACUCGUAUGUAGCACUAUGCCUUUUCUGGCUGCGUAUUUUGCAAGAGGGUACCAAUGGACUUAUAACUCUGUAGCAUGCAGAAUAGCAUAUCACCUUGGGACUCUCAUUAUGCACGUCAGCAUGUAUGUUACGAUUAUAAUUUUAUGUUCAACUGCUCUAAGUCAGUAUGCAACACUGAAGAAAAACAGUGAUGCACAAUACUCUCAAGCAGUUAACAAAAACUUUAACAGAUGUGUACUUGAAAAGUUUCGUCAGCCAAAAUUUGCUAAAUAUUUGUGCAUCAUCAUAUGGCUCACUGUGCUCUGCAUAACGGUAAUAGCUAUAACAUAUAAUGUUCAGGCAAAGGCUAUGGAAGAAUUUCACAGAUGCUACAACAUCAGGGUAGAAGCUGGUGAAUUUACCACAAUGAUUGCAGCUUCUCUUGCCACUGCAUGUUUUUUUGUAUCUUUUAUGACGGUUUUGUUGUCAUACUAUUCUCUUACCAGACAUCUGAGUAAAAUACAAAAAAAUACCUGUAUUGGAGAAAAACAUCUAAUUUACAGAACAGUGAAAAGAAACAUUCUUGUCAUCCAGAUGAUACUAACUGUCUGCUUUCUUCCAUAUCAUAUUUUUAGGCCAAUUUUUUAUGUACUGCUUACAAAUGACGACUGCCCAAGGUUAAACUAUCUAGUGGAAAUUAAAAAUUUCCUUACUUGUCUUGCUGCUGCUAAGAGUAGUUUAGAUCCAGUUAUAACCCUUCUGCUAGAUAAAACAUUUAAGAAAAGUCUGUAUGGCCUGUUUACAAAAUCCACACCAGAACACCACAAACGUAAAGCUGAUAUUUUCACCGAAGAGACUCCCGAAAUGUGA